AUGAAGUGUAGCGGUUGUUUCGCCUUUCUAACAUGGCGGGCUCCAGCCCUGCCCCCAGAGCCUACACCAAAAACCUCAGUGGCGUAUGCCAAAGAUCAACAAAAGCCGUUCCGGCUCACCAUUGAUGCCAAUAGCAUGUGGCGUCCAGAGACUCAACCUUGGGACGCGUCAACUCCCUGGGAUGGACGCCCAAUCAAGAUUUGCCCAAUCACAGGCAGACCUGUGGAACCACGUCCAUCGCCAGACUUGAAGCCACCGAUGGCCGAUAAGGCUGUUCAAGCCCCCGAUCCAAAUGAGGCACUAUAUCCGGCCAGCAGCAGCUUCGAGCUCGGUGUUCCGAUGACUCCACAGAAGACGUCAAAGCGAGUCUGCAGUCUUGUACCUCAGGAAGAGGCCGCAAGGGCAAUGAAGGAGGAUUUGCAGACUGGGAAGUCAUCUACGCCUGCCAAACUUGAAACGGAGGACGAAAUCGAUUUGAAGCGGCUGUGUGCUGCAAUUGCAAGCUUUGAACGGGCAAGCGAAGACCGUCAACGCAAGGCUUUGGAGGCCAUCAAAGAAAGAAUUGCCGAAAGAAUCAAAGAAAAUGCACUCGCUGCGCGAAAUGUCGAGCAAAACAGGGAAGGAGAUGAACGAGAGGCCAAUAGAGUGGCAUCAAGCACGCGCACUGAAAGUCGCAGGAUGCAGGAAUGGAUGGACCGGGUGAUAGCGAAGGAGACUGCACAGCCAGGCUCUGUGGGCUUGCUCCGUCGUUCUCCGGAACUAAAGAUUAAAUGGAAAGACUGGGUGUGGGAGAUUGACACUGGUGGAGAAGAUAUUCAACUGGAAGGAAUUUGGAUGCCCUUCCGUCCCACGACGAUCGUCAAGAUUGAUGUGAACUUAGGUGGUGCAAAACACCCUUUGGGAUCUCUUGAGUACACUACCGAUGACACUGUACAAGAAGCGUGCCAUGACUUCUGCAAAGCACAUCGCCUCCGUCCUCUUUUCGAGCCACUUCUUGAGGAUUAUGUCACCCAGAUGGUCGAAAACGGAAAGUCUGAAGCCACAUUGGAUGUCAUCGAGCUUUUGUAA